GCCGGGCGCCACCCGCCGCAGCCUAGCACUCCGCCGCCUCCGAGCACUCUGCAGCCCAGCGCGCACCGGAGCUGUAGCCGAAGCGCGUAGAGGCUGUGACCGAGCGCGCGAAGGGCCGGCAGCUGCGGGACAGUGCCUGCCCAGCAGCCUCGGCAAAGCAGCCGCUGCGGGAGCUCCCCUGCCUCGUGGUGAGCCCACGUUCCGGAGCGUCCCCAGGGACAGACGACGAAGAGGCGGAGUGGAGCCCGGCGAGUUGGAGACUAUGGCCAAAAUGGAGGUGAAAACAUCACUGCUGGACAAUAUGAUUGGAGUUGGAGACAUGGUUCUCUUAGAACCUCUCAAUGAGGAGACUUUCAUCAACAACCUCAAGAAGCGCUUUGACCAUAAUGAAAUAUAUACAUACAUUGGAAGUGUGGUGGUCUCCGUUAACCCAUACCGGUCAUUGCCCAUUUAUUCACCAGAGAAGGUGGAAGAUUAUAGGAAUAGAAAUUUUUAUGAACUGAGCCCUCAUAUUUUUGCCCUGUCAGAUGAAGCAUACCGAUCCCUGCGAGAUCAAGAUAAAGACCAGUGUAUUCUCAUUACUGGGGAAAGUGGAGCAGGAAAAACAGAGGCCAGCAAGCUUGUUAUGUCCUAUGUAGCAGCUGUUUGUGGAAAAGGAGCAGAAGUAAAUCAAGUCAAAGAACAGCUUUUACAGUCCAACCCAGUCCUGGAAGCUUUUGGAAAUGCCAAGACUGUGAGGAAUGACAACUCCUCUAGAUUUGGCAAAUACAUGGAUAUUGAAUUUGAUUUUAAAGGCGAUCCACUGGGAGGAGUGAUUAGUAACUAUCUUUUAGAGAAAUCUCGAGUUGUUAAGCAGCCAAGGGGUGAAAGAAACUUCCAUGUGUUCUAUCAGCUGCUCUCGGGUGCCUCUGAAGAGCUUCUCAAUAAGCUUAAGCUCGAGCGGGACUUCAGCAGGUAUAACUACUUGAGUCUGGACUCUGCCAGAGUUAAUGGAGUGGAUGAUGCAGCAAAUUUCAGAACUGUUAGGAAUGCCAUGCAGAUUGUGGGUUUCAUGGAUCACGAGGCCGAGUCAGUCUUGGAGGUGGUAGCCGCGGUGUUGAAACUGGGGAACAUCGAGUUCAAGCCGGAAUCUCGAGUGAAUGGUUUAGAUGAAAGCAAAAUCAAAGAUAAAAAUGAGUUAAAGGAAAUCUGUGAGUUGACCGGCAUCGAUCAGUCCGUUCUAGAGCGAGCAUUCAGUUUCCGAACAGUUGAGGCUAAGCAGGAGAAAGUUUCGACUACACUGAACGUGGCUCAGGCUUAUUAUGCCCGUGAUGCUCUGGCUAAAAACCUCUACAGCAGGUUGUUUUCGUGGUUGGUAAAUCGAAUCAAUGAAAGCAUUAAGGCCCAGACAAAAGUGAGAAAGAAGGUCAUGGGUGUUUUGGACAUUUAUGGCUUUGAAAUUUUUGAGAAUGCAGACAACAGCUUUGAGCAAUUCAUUAUUAAUUACUGUAAUGAAAAGCUGCAGCAAAUCUUCAUUGAACUUACCCUUAAAGAAGAGCAGGAGGAAUAUAUACGGGAGGACAUAGAAUGGACUCACAUUGACUACUUCAAUAAUGCCAUCAUCUGUGACCUAAUAGAAAAUAACACAAACGGAAUCCUGGCCAUGCUGGACGAGGAGUGCUUGAGGCCUGGCACGGUCACCGACGAGACCUUCUUAGAAAAGCUGAACCAAGUCUGCGCCACCCACCAGCACUUUGAGAGCAGGAUGAGCAAGUGCUCCCGCUUUCUCAAUGACACGUCCCUGCCUCACAGCUGCUUCAGAAUUCAGCAUUAUGCUGGCAAGGUGCUGUACCAGGUGGAAGGGUUUGUCGACAAAAACAAUGACCUCCUUUACCGAGACCUGUCCCAAGCCAUGUGGAAGGCCGGCCAUACCCUCAUCAAGUCUUUGUUCCCUGAAGGGAACCCUGCCAAGAUCAACCUGAAGAGGCCUCCUACAGCCGGCUCACAGUUCAAGGCCUCCGUGGCCACACUCAUGAAAAACCUGCAGACCAAGAAUCCCAACUACAUUAGGUGUAUCAAACCGAAUGAUAAAAAAGCAGCCCACAUCUUCAACGAGGCCCUCGUCUGCCAUCAGAUCAGGUACCUGGGCCUGCUGGAGAACGUCCGCGUGAGGAGGGCCGGUUACGCCUUCCGGCAGGCCUAUGAGCCUUGCCUGGAAAGAUACAAAAUGCUUUGUAAACAAACAUGGCCCCAUUGGAAAGGACUGGCAAGGGCUGGUGUGGAAGUUCUGUUUAAUGAAUUAGAGAUUCCUGUGGAAGAGUAUUCCUUUGGUAGAUCAAAGAUAUUCAUCCGAAACCCAAGAACAUUAUUCAAAUUAGAAGACCUGAGGAAGCAAAGGCUGGAGGACCUGGCCACUCUCAUUCAGAAGAUCUACCGGGGGUGGAAGUGCCGCACACACUUCCUGCUGAUGAGAAAAAGCCAAAUCGUGAUUGCUGCCUGGUACAGGAGAUACGCCCAACAAAAGAGGUAUCAGCAGAUAAAGAGUUCUGCUUUGGUGAUUCAGUCUUACAUCCGGGGAUGGAAGGCCCGAAAAAUCCUGCGGGAGCUGAAGCACCAAAAGCGCUGUGAGGAAGCAGCCACCACCAUUGCCGCGUAUUGGCACGGGACCCAGGCGCGAAGGGAACUGAGCCGGCUGAAGGAGGAGGCUAGGAAUAAACAUGCUAUCGCAGUUAUUUGGGCUUACUGGCUUGGAUCUAAGGCUCGAAGGGAAUUGAAACGCUUGAAGGAGGAGGCUAGGCGUAAGCAUGCAGUUGCUGUCAUUUGGGCUUACUGGCUUGGACUGAAGGUCCGUAGGGAGUACAGGAAAUUCUUCAGAGCCAAUGCUGGAAAGAAAAUUUAUGAGUUUACGAUUCAGAGAAUUGUGCAAAAAUACUUUUUAGAAAUGAAAACUAAGAUGCCAUCCUUAUCACCGAUAGACAAGAAUUGGCCCUCAAGACCUUACCUAUUUUUGGAUUCUACUCAUAAAGAGCUAAAAAGGAUUUUCCACUUGUGGAGGUGUAAAAAAUACAGGGACCAAUUCACAGACCAGAAGAAACUUAUUUAUGAAGAGAAACUAGAAGCCAGUGAACUCUUCAAAGACAAGAAGGCUUUAUAUCCAUCUAGUGUUGGCCAGCCAUUCCAAGGGGCUUACCUGGAAAUCAAUAAAAACCCCAAGUAUAAGAAACUCAAAGAUGCCAUUGAAGAAAAGAUUAUCAUUGCUGAAGUUGUGAACAAAAUUAACCGUGCAAAUGGGAAGAGUACAUCCCGGAUUUUUCUCCUAACAAAUAAUAAUCUCCUUCUUGCUGACCAAAAGUCUGGACAGAUCAAGUCAGAGGUUCCCCUGGUGGAUGUGACCAAAGUCUCCAUGAGCUCCCAGAACGAUGGCUUCUUCGCCAUCCACCUCAAAGAGGGCUCUGAAGCAGCCAGUAAAGGAGACUUUCUCUUCAGCAGUGACCACCUGAUUGAAAUGGCCACCAAGCUCUAUCGGACGACUCUCAGCCAAACCCAGCAGAAGCUCAAUAUUGAAAUUUCUGAUGAGUUCCUGGUGCAGUUCAGACAGGACAAAGUAUGUGUGAAGUUUAUUCAGGGCAGCCAGAAAAAUGGGAGUGUCCCAACGUGCAAACGAAAAAACAACCGUCUCCUGGAAGUCGCUGUUCCUUAACCAGUGCCUCGCUCCUCUCUGCUUUCAUGGACUUGUUUCUUUGUAAUAGUGCAAUUCGGUUUUGUUUUGUUCUGUUUGGGGUUCAUUGUAUGUUUGGGAAUCGUCAAAGGCUAAUACCAGUAGAGUCCCUUGGCAAAAUAAAAAUAUUUGACUAAUCAACUUUUAUUAUUGGAAUAGUUUUAACCCUUGAAGUGCACAUUCUGUGCACAGUCCUGGGAGAGGAUUGUAGACACUAACAGUGUCCAUGCCAUGUCAUUACAUGUUCUUUGUUUAGUCAUCAUGUUAGUGCUGUGUACCCUAAAUCAACAUACUACUUACAAGUCAUUAAUACAUCUAAGCAUAGGAAACAGUCUUAAAAGAUAGUGCAUUCACUCAUCCAGUAUUUAUUGAAUGCCUGCUCUGUGCUAGGCACUGUGCUAGAUGGUAUGAAAAGUUAUUAGGAUUUGUUUUGUAAUUGUUUUUAAGGCCAUUGCAUUCUGGCUGGUUUGUGCUGGCUUUGCUAGGGCUAGGAGAGUUUAAGGAUGUUGAGACCAAAACAGUCACUGUUAGGACAGACAGUGUGGUUACGGAUCCUGCCGUGUGGCUUUGCCAAUGUGGACUUCAGGAUGGGCUGGUCCUCAGAAGGAGAAACACCUGACUGGGUAAAAUGCCUCCACGUGCCCAUUUGAAGAGAGAAAGUUGACAUUUGAACGGGACUUUUAACUUGUUUAGAUCUCUUGUGAUUCCUUAGAAAACAGAGUCAUUCUUAUUUUAGAAAAAGUGACAGGAACAGUCCAGUAAGAUUGUAUUUUCUGUUUCUGAUAAACAACGUAUAUGAUCCUGCAUAUGCUAAUAUCUGCAGUGUUGUUUUCACACCAAUUUGAGUAACGAUUUUAAACAGCUCAUGCAUUGGAGAGCUGAAAGCCUUUCAGAUUGGGGCAAACAUUCUAUAUGAUGUGCAAUAAACAUCCAAGACAUUUUCUGAAAGUUUUAUUUAUAAUAUACAUUUUGUAUGAGAGAGAUGAUUGGUACAGGCUACAUAUUUUAAUCAAGGAUCAAAAUUGUGUUAAAUUUCAGGAACUUUUUUUUCAAAUUUACCAUAAGGAUUUAUUUUGGAAGCUACAUUUUAAACUUUGAAAUCAAACUGUUUCGUAUUUGGGAGGAUAAUGUAUAUACAAUGGUGUGAUAAAUAAUAAAACUGUUCUACUUUGGUGCCA